GCGGCUCAACAUCAUGCGCGUCUAACGAGCGAGCGCCCGGUGAUCGUCUCGCUCGUUUCCUCUCGAAGCCUUCUGUCGAGAGGUGAGUUGCAUCAUUGGCCUGUCAGUGGGCGACGAGGAAGAAAGGCGAAGCCGGACGGAGAUUGGAAGCAGAGAGAGGCGAUUUCCAUUCUUGCCGGGCAAUUUUGUUUGCCGAUCGAGGAGCGGCAGCCCGAGCGAUGGGAGCCGCGUCGGUGAAUAAUGCCGUCGUCACCGUUCUGUCGCUCGUUGCGACAGGGUUGGCGUGCUGCCCCGAUCCGGUCGCGAAGAAACUCCAGCUGACCUCGGGAGUCAGCGAUAUGUGGACUCUCACCACGCUGCUGCGAUUUUUGCAUUUGAUUAGUUUUGCCACCGCCUUCGGCACGGCCUUGUGGGUUACCUUUAUCGGCGGUAUCAUCAUGUUCAAGCACCUUCCCAGGCAUCAAUUUGGAAACUUGCAAGCAAAGAUGUUCCCAGCGUACUUUAGAUUGACAUCGACUUGCAUGGCCACUUGCGUCGGUGUGAUGGCUAUACUACGUCCAUGGUUCGUCUCAAGUAUAUGGGAGAAGGCUCAGUUUGUAUCUCUAGGCGUGUCACUUUCUUUCACUCUUGCAAAUUUGCUCGUGAUGGAGCCAAUUACCACUCAGCUUAUGCGGGAAAGGCAUAAAGUGGAGAGAGAGGAAGGUAUUGGUACAGAGCCAGGAGUCUCAAAGAAGGCUGAGAUCGAGAAGGCUGGCCCCAAGUUGCAAGCGAUAAACAAGAAAUUUUUUGCUGCACAUGGAAUCUCCUCACUGCUUAAUUUGUUCUCAUUCUUGUCGCUUGUUGUACACGCUACCUACGUCUCUAGCAGACUUUUACUUUAGUUAUGCGUAGAGAUUAAUAUCGGAGUCUUCUAUCACGAUAUUAAAGUAAAUCUCUCAAGAAAGUUUCAAGACGUUAAGUUAUUUAGUAAAUUGUACAUUUUUUACUUAAUGUAUUAUGCCUGAUUUGUAGUUGAGCACGUCGAUAUCUCCAUGGUACGAAUUCUUUGAACUGAUGUUUCAAUCAUGGCAAACAUUUCUAUCACUCGAAUACAAUACGCAAUGAAUUCAUCACGGCAGAUAUUAUUUGCAAA